ACCACUACCCUAGCUUUGAAUACUCUCUUGCCUCCUGACGCUGACACCAGGGUUGUGUCGACACCAUGGCGCACGGCCAGACAAGUGUGCUGCAGCACUUUGAAAUUGAUCAUUAUGUGGAGAAAUUAGAGUGCAUGGGUAUAGAAGAUAUACUUUCAACAAGGUGGGCGGUAUGCGGGUGUCGGCUGGUGCAGUUGGGCGUGCAGGCAGCUCUGGAGGCCACCCACGGCACCCAUGACUACGUUCAGCACUCUAUCACCCUUCAGAACAAGGGACUGACGGUGGUGUGGCACCUACUGACAGCUGAGGCCUGGAGACUGCACCUACUGCCUCACCUAAUGAACCACCCUCACCUCACACCUACCUCAUCUCUGCCCUUCGUAGCAGUGCUGCACACGGAGGCGGCGGCACUGGGUCUACUGGAGAACCUGGUCUUCCACGAGGACUCUGCUGCAGCCCUGGAGGGCCUCACCCUCGAUGUGAUCGACUACUGUGUGAGACAACUUAACCGUCUGGUGGUCCAUGCUCACAACCACCCAGAGCAACCACUCCUUUAUCAACCUCAGGAUGCGUGGCCCACCGCCACCCCUACAAUGAAUAGAAAGACGAAGACUGAGGUAGGAGGAGGUGAUGACGGAGGGAAUGAGGAGAACCAAAAAAGUGUAGUGAUGGAAGUGUCCUCAGAGGAGCGUCGUGUAGGCCUGGCUCUGGGGUGUAGAGCAGCUGGUGUCAUCCACCUGUUGGCCAGCUGUCGUCAGCGCCUUCCGUUGUGUGCUACCACCCGCCUGCUGCAAACACACGACGUACCACAGCUUUUGGCCUCCCUGCUAUACCUGGCACCCUGGAGGGCGCAGCUUGGCAGCCGCCUGUAUGUGUUUCAGGAGGGCCAGUGGGUGGAGCAGCAGGGAGAAGCUCCCGCCCUCACACCCACAGAGUGCCAGCUGUGGGCGGCGCUUCACACUCUUCUGAUGGAUCAGGAGACACUUGCCAUGUACGAGGUGAGCAGCGGCAGGAGGGCGGCUCUUCUCAAGCUGCGUGGUCGACUGAAUGCUGCUGCCCUGGCUCAAGUGCCAUCACUGGAGUCUCUCUCACGCUGGCUGGCCACCCUGGCACUCACAGCCCCCCAGCAGGCACGACCUCCGCCCCUCGUCACCACAGUCUCACAGCUGGGUGCGGGCGUGGCAGGCGUGUGGGAGGACCGCUGGGAGGAGCUGGCGGCUGUGCUGGAGCCUAGGUUCCUCACGCCCACGCCUGAAGCCUUGAAUAUCCUCGCCAAGAAUCUGGCCGCGGCCUGGGACCUAGACGCUCUGGAGGCUCUCCUGCCAGACAACCCCGUCUGCGCCCUCUGCGGUGAACCAGCUGGCCGCAGGUGCUCCAGGUGUCGCGCUCACUGGUACUGUCGCAGGGAGUGUCAGGUCAAGCACUGGCCCGACCACAAGAAGCUCUGUGACCUUUUGGCCUCCGACCUCACAGCAAAGAAAAGCACUUUCAUAGAGUAGAAGAAGUUACUGAUCUCACACUCCUGCCGCCGGGAAAUCCAUUCCUAGAGUGAAGGCAGCAGCUAUGUCAUCUGACUCGCUAUAAGGAAAGCCUCUUUCAUACGGUGAAGGAAGCAGCUAUGUGUGGAGUGGUUUUUGACCGCAUCGCCAUACAGUGAAAAAAUGAAAGUAUGUUAGAAGAGGUUGUGAGUCGACAAGUGGCUGUAAAAGACACAGGCACACAUAUAACAUUCGAGGGGUAAAAUGUUCCCCCUUGAAGAGGAAUGUCGUUGUCAUGAAGUUUUAGUUUUGCCCUUUUUCACCCGUAGAAAAUAUUGUAGGAUAGAUUCUGUGGCCUUGGUAAGUACGCAUGUUGUGUUAAGAAUAAAUAAGGAAGAUUGUUAUAUAUUUUUUGUUUCAUUACGAUAGCUAGACGAUGCUGGUGUAUACAAGUGUGGGGUGUAUUUGUUUGAGUUUUGAUUUCUAUUUUCCUUGAUUCUGUGUGUGACUGUUUAUUUCACCCGAGACGCGCACUUAGGAGAGAAACCUCAUAACGACGUUACGGUCCCUCCUGGAACCACUCUCAAGUCGUAUAUUGAAAGGUAUUCAGUAGUGACAAGUUGAAGAAUUCGAUACGUGUUCAACAUAUGGGUAUCUUUAUUUGUAGACAUUUCGCCACUGGAUGGCGAAACGUCUACAAUAAAGAUACCCACAUGUUGCACAUGUGUCUCAUUCUUCACUCUCGAGUCAUAAGUGCGGGUCUAUGGUGAAGUGUUCCAGCCACGGUACUGUGACUUUUGUUUUUUUAGUUUAGGUGUAAGUGAGGUUGCUUCGUUAGUGUGAGUAUGCCUUGGUUGGGUGAAGUUGUGGUUGUCAUGGCGUCACACUCGUAGCACAGUUGUGGUUAUCAUGGCCUCACACUCGUAGCACAGUUGUGGUUAUCAUGGCCUCACACUCGUAGCACAGCUGUAGCUGUCAUAGCCUCACACUCGUAGAACAGUUGUGGUUGUCAUGGCCUCACCCUCGUAGCACAGUUGUGGUUGUAAUGGCCUUAUAUAGCACAGGUUUAUUGAUAUCAUUAGCCAUGAAAAGCAGAAAUAAGAACUAGAGGUAAUCUUCAAUGUGUUUUUCUUGAGAUUCAUAUUUUUUUAGGCAGUUUAAGUGUAGAUAAAAAUUUGACAAAUACGUGUCUCUGUUUUCCAAUAUCUUACAGAAAUAUGUAAGUCACAAAAUGAAACCUUGGAAACCUAUUAAUUUAUUGGCGUACUAAUUUGUUGACAGACAUCAAAGCAAGAGGUUUAAAAUGCAUUCCAUUAUUUCUCUUCUGAUUAUAAAAUAAUUGAGCCGUUAUGACUACCUUAGGAUAAAAACGUAAUGACAAAAAUGAUUUGUCUAGGGCGGAGCAGGACAGACUAACUUCCCACUAGUCUCGAUACGACACCUGUAACAUUUAUCAGAAAAUCAAUUAGCGGAGCCUAACUUUCUGAACUCAUUACGUUGUUAUACUUGUCCAAUAAACGUGUUCUCAGUGGUGAUAAAAAUAAAACACUGCAGUCCAUUUUUUGCUCUGGCUAAUCGUGGUGGAACUGAGUAAUUUCGUGUAAUAACACGGCCUUUUUUCAGUGCUAGAGUUGAAGAGUCCAAUUAGUAUGUCCGGUCUGUGUUUAUAGGCUAUCACAACCCCAGUACAUCCCACAGAAUGUGCAAUGAAGACACAUGCCACCAUUAAGGUAUUCACUAGAAGACGCUUUGCCCUGGUCAGGGACUGGGCCGCGGGGGCGUUGACCCUUGGCACGACCUCCAGGUAGACUUCAGGUAGUCCUGAAGCUUUAUUGACUUGAUAAAACUCACAGCAGGCGUAAUUGUUACUGAUAAAUAUUCUAAGUUUACUAAAUUUAAAACGAAAAACUUUCGUUUUUCUUUUUAGGUCACCCUGCAUCAGUGGGAUACGGCCGGUUGCUAAGUGUUGCUUGUGCACAAUUUGUGGCUAUAUUAUACGUAGUAUAAUAUAAGGGUGUUAAUGUUGCACUUUUAUAACUGUAGUGUAAGCGUGCCUCUGGAUAGACAGUGAUGGAGUAAAUGAUGGUGAAAGUUUUCCUUUAUCGGGCCACCCUACCUUAUUUAGUGCUUGUAUUGUUUCAGAGAAUGAUUUGCCAUCGCCUGUAGGUAUAAUAAUGAUGUUUCUGCUUAUAUCAGUCAAUUGGCGAAAUUGACGGUAUUGAAUACCAUUCUUGUACAAUUUGUCAGACACUGCAACAUCAUGUAAUCUUGAUACUGAGGACAUGUACAUAACCUUCACGACUACGACAACUACCACUACUACAAACCCAUCUCUUUGGGUAGGACCUACCUCCACUGGGGAAUCCCGCCUACCAGUGACUAUGCCCUCGAUUGCUACACGUCCCCUUUCCACGUGACGUUAGUAUAUAAGCGCCAGGCUCCUUGCCUCUGCUUCAGAACCUCAAUGCCUCACGUGCCUCCACCUUCCUCCACCAAUGAGAAACCGCCUCCAACACGAGCCACCACAUCCAUCAAGACACGAGCAGCGUCCUCGUCUUCCAACACCAACAAAACUAACCAAUCAUCGACUUCACUUGUCGCUCACUCUAAGGAUAAACAACACUAUAAUACGAUACGUGGAUUCUCUUUCUUCACUACUCCUGAGUAUCCUAAAGAAAUGGAUGCAAAGACAUUGAUCCCCCUGCUCCAGAGCGACGAAGUCAAGUUCGUCUGUAGACCAUCACGUGCUCUCUUCCUUAGAGAACUCAUCAAUCUCCUUAAUGCUCCAGAGAUCGACCCAGACCGCAAAUUUAAACUCAUGACCAUGCAAAUACCGUCGCUCCAGAAUCUUUGUAAUGGGUCAGUAGCUUAACACACCUCAAGCCGACCUCCACCAAUACAACUCAUCCUGCUUGCUGCCUUCUGACACUCCCAGCUCCUGCCGCUGCUUACGCCAUCCUCCCCUAUCGAGCCAAGUACCGACAUCAUCCAAGCCUCUCCAUCUACGCCUCCAAUACUUCGGUACCACAUGUCCCAAAGUGGUUGGGCCACUUGCCUUGAUUCCUCCUCUUCCCCUGCUUCCCAUCCUUUUCCAGUUACUUCCAUCCUUCCCAUCUCACGACAGCUCUCGUCGUCUUCUUCGAUUCUUCUUCUUGCUUCAGAAUCUCCACGACCACGGUGUUCUUCGCACCAACUCCAAGGCUGAGAGACUGAUUACCUCAUCUUCUGUAUAUAGUUCUACUGUCUUCAAAUUAUGUCCUGGAAUUUUUAUUGAUAAAGCCACUGGAUUUCGAAACGUCUACAAUAAAGAUACCCAGAUGUUGCACAUGUCUUAAUUUCAUC